CCUCAUACUACGUUAAAUGUCAAUAACGCAGUAAUUUUUAUUUUGUAAUUCAGUGAUGCAGGUUUUGAAAUCUAGCAUAACAAUCAUUACCACUUGUCUAUCAGAUGUAAAUGUUUUAAAAGUAGUAAGUCAUUCAAUCAGUCAGCCAGUAAGUGAACAAUUUAUGUAGUAAAGGUGACACUAAAUUAUAGCAAAAAGGUAAUAAAUAGGUGAACGAUACUGCUGCUGUUGGAUUAUGGAAUGAAGGAUAUUACUUCAUAGGUUUCCGUAAGAAGUACUAAUUUUUAUCCUAGUGACAAAUGUGGCUGGUAGUUCUUCAAUGGUAUUCCUGCAGAAUAUGGAUGCCCUUACUAUUUUAAUAUUUUUUGUAGGAAUCUGAUGCUGUGGCUGAAUUAAGUGCACUUUUUCCAGACAAAAGUAUAGACACUAUCCGAGCAAUCUUGGCAGACAGUGGAGGAGAUAAAAGUGUGGCUGCAUCAAGGCUUAUCCAGUGGUCUGCUGGGACAUGUAAGCUACCUAUACAAGUUUAUUACUUAAAUGUGAAUAAUGGUAGAUCUCUGAACUUUACCUGUCUGUGAUGUUAUUACAACAAAGCAGAGGUCCUUGGUAUUGUGUAGUGGUAAGGUUGCGUGCAUUUUUUUGCUCCAACAUAAUUAUUUUUCUGAUUACCAUGGAACCCUUCAUUGGAGACAGUUAUACUUAUCUGUUCUUUCAUUUGGUUUUGAAAUUGUUAUUUCAUUUCAUUUGAAAUAAGAGCCCUUCAUUCGAUUUAGAGGUGCAUACUUAUAACAUGACCUAAGCUUUACAGAGUCUCAUAACAGAUAAUUUACUGAACUCCCCUUUUUUGCAAUUUCUUCUGCAAGGUGCCCUAAUGAACAGUGGGGACUCAGGUAAUGAAUACUGUACAGAAGAAGACAGUGACCUCAUGCAAUCACCAUUUGAAGCACAUGUAUCCUCAAGUACUGUCAGUACCUGUACUGACCCUGUUGCACAGUACAAACAAGAAACUCUGGAUGAAAAUGGCCCACCACUGAGAAUCUAUGUAAAUCGGAUGACGGAGGAGUUCACUGCAGAUGUUUUAUCCAUUUAUAAGAAAGCCAACCCAUGUUUUCGCUCAAACCUUCGAGUGCAAUUUGAAAAUGAAAGAGCAGUUGGCGAGGGACCUGUCAGAGAGUUCUUUAGCAUAUUAAUGGGAUUUGUUCAAAAUGGUCUUUACGUGGAUGAUCCUGGGCGGCUGACUAUGUUAUUUGAGGGCCAGACUGACCACAAAAUUCCAGUCCCAAAUGCGUUACUGUGUAAUUCUGGACUGUACACUAGUGUUGGACGGAUGAUUGCACAUUCUUUCUUGCAUGGAGGACCACCACUUUAUGGACUUUCCCCAGCAGUGCUUGAAUUUUGGACUCGUGAAAGCAUCAGUGAAGCUGUUACCAUGGAGGACAUCCCAGAUUAUGACCUUCGACAAGCCUUGAAGCAGGUACUCGCAUUGAUGAUCUUGUUUUGUACAGACAUUACUUACGUAUUUCUGUGUAAUGUUUCAGCAACAUGUUAGUGUUACUAACAAUAUUUAUUCUGGUUAAUUUUUGUUUGAUAUGGCACUUGUACUGUCCUGUUUAUAUUUGAAAAAAGGCACAAGUGUGUUCCAAAUAGGUGUAUACAUCUAUAAUGACACUAUAAGUUUAUAAUUUGUCGUAAGAAGCAUUUCAUUGUUCAGUCACAACACCAUAGCAAUUUAACGGUUUUGCAGUUAUCAAGUCUUGAUAAGGAUGAAGAACCCUCAGAUGCACUUAAAGAAUUCCUCUUGCCUUAUCGUGAUGAAGCGUCAGUACUUCAAGUGCCGCUAAGGGGAGAGAAACGGCACUUGGUUCUCCAGCAGAUAAUGCUGCACAAUGUGAUCGAAAAGCGCCACCGUGAACUGAAAGAUCUUGCUGCAGGAAUGAAUGAGCUUUCCCUUGUCAAUUACCUAAAGGCACACAAGGAAAUGGCCGCAGCCGUGUUUCCCAGGGAAUGCGAGUCAGUAAUUGACAAAGAAGAACUCAAGGGUAGGAUUUCCAUCGAGGAUGAAAACAACCCCCAAGGGCAAGUUAUCAUGGGAUUCUUGCAUCGCUUCAUCGAUGAAGUUAGCAGAGAAGCAGAAGGUAAGUGA